AUGGAAGACAAGGAGAUCCAGCUCAGUCCUCUAUUUGUGUCCGUUUUCGGAAAAAUCUUCUUUGCAUACUGGAUAAUCACGGUGCCCUUCUACAUUAUGAUAGUGUACUUCAUGAUUCGUGCUCAAAUAAAGAAGGUCCCCAAUCUCACAAGUUCCUUCUAUACACUGUGUAUAACGACAGGAAUCAUCGACAUUGUAGGCCUUCUCAACAACUAUUUUGGAGCAGUAUUACCGCGAUGGGGAUGGACUGGGAGCUUUUAUUCCUUCCUUGGCCUGCCAUACGCGUGCUAUGCUACCGAUUUCGACGUCACUAUUGGCUCUCAACCGUCUCUCAGCGAUUCUCUUUCCUUAUCGAUAUGA